CCUUGCUCCCUAGUUUUCAAUGGUGAGAAAUGGGAAAAGAUACAAGUAUCUGGAUGAAGAGGUCCCUGAAAUUGGAUCUCCGCGGCGCAAAGCUUUGCAGAAUAUUUACAACAAAAAGCGAAGGCAGCGUGAGCGCGAUGAAGCUUGCUUGCGUGAUGCUCCAAUUUCCGGAAUCCUAGACUCUGACAUGGUCGCGACUUGGGACGCUUAUGGCCCUCCUGGCUCUGAGAUGGCCUUGGUUCCAGAAAAGGGGAAUGCCAUAGCAGUUGCUGAGCAAGGUUCUGUUGGUGCAGAUGGUGCUAUGUGCCUGUUGACGGGGAAGGAACAAGCUGACCCACAGAUUCAGAUGGCUGUAGCGGAGAGCCGAGCCGACCCAGAGAUUCAGAGGGCUGUAGCGGAGAACCAGAAGCGAUACGAGGAAACUGGAUACAAAGAGUUGGAGCGUCUUACGCAUGAGACCUAUGCCCAGGGACAAACCAUUGCCCGCUUGGAGAGCCAGCUUCGGACCGUGUGUUUACUGUUGAGGAAAGAACAAAAAUGUUCUAAAGAACAAAGACGUUCUUAGAGAUCCUGCAGCGGGGUGCUUUGUG